UGGCUGACAGAUUGGUCACUUGCAUCCACUUAUGGAAAGCUUGCCAUAUUCACAAAUGGAGCAUGGGCUGGAGCAUCACAUGGUGGGAUUCUUGCUGGCCCGGUAGCCUGCAGAGUGAUGAUGAAUAUCGUCUCCAUGGCCUCUGACCUCACACAAGAUUUCAAGACAGGCUACCUUACCCUAGCUUCACCGCGCUCCAUGUUUGUGAGCCAAAUAAUUGGCACUGCAAUGGGACGUGUGAUUUCUCCCUGUGUCUUUUGGGUUUUCUACAGAGCACUUGAUGACCUUGGGACUCCUAAAAGUGAAUACCCUGCUCCAUAUGCUAUUUUGUACAAGAACAUGGCCAUCCUUGGGCUGGAGGGCUUCUCAUCUCUACCAGAGAACUACCUCCUGCUGUGUUAUGUCUUCCUUCGCUCUGCCAUUUUGAUAAAUUUGAUUAAAGAUCUGAUGGGUCAGAGAGGGUGGUUCAUACCAUUUCCAAUGGCAAUGGCCAUACCUUUCUAUUUAGGGCCAUAUUUUGCCAUUGACAUGUGUGUAGGAAGUCUGAUAUUGUUCGUUUGGCAGAAGGUAAACAAGGCAAAAGCAGAUGCUUUUGGGCCAGCAGUUGCUUCUGGUUUGAUAUGUGGGGAUGGAAUAUGGACUCUACCUGCUUCAAUACUUGCUCUUGCUGGGAUUAAGCCAACAAUUUGCAUGACGUUCUUUUCCAGAGCUACAAAUAAAAGGGUCGGUGAGUUUUUAGGUUCUUGAGGCAAAGUUUGGCUU